AUGAAGUGGCCAGCGAUUUUUGUCUUGCUGGGCAUAUGCUCACAGGCUGCAGCACAAGCUAUCCAAGUGUCUGUGUUCUCUACAACAUCAAAGAGUGCAAUUCUCAGAUGGACCAGGGUCUCCGGAGCCAGCUCAUACAAGGUCACCGCCGCCCCCCAAAACUCACCAGGCAACCCCGUUGGUUAUGCCAUGUUUGGUGCAAACACAGUAAUGGGCUCCAUCCACUCUCUGUCCCCAAACAUCUUUUAUACAUUCACAGUUGAAGCUUUGGAUAAUCAAAGGACACUAAACUCAGGAACCAUUGAUUCGUCCUCAGCUCCUGAGGUGAUGGAUCCCAUCCAGACAGUGAAGCCGAAGGACAGCAAAACUCUGAUGGCAAGUUUCAGCUCGACGACCGGGGCGACAUCAUACAUCAUACGAGUGCAGAAUACCAACGGCUUCUUCAGAGAAGACACUGUGUCCUCCUCCCCUGCUGAGAUUGUUUCCCUCACACCGUACACCGAGUACACGCUCAGCGUCAUGUCUGUGAACAGUGGAGGCCAGAGCCAGCCAUCUUCCACUGUGACUGCAAAGACAGUGUUGCCCCCUCCUCAGCUCUCUGCCUCCUCUCCUCGCAACGACAGCAUCACUGUGUCCUGGGCCCCUGUUGCUCACGCUGUCCAGUACAGCCUGUCGCUAUACAAGUUUGGCUGGAACACCACCAACAUCAGGCACAAUACUUCAAACACCAAUUUGACCAUCUCUGGUCUGGAUGCUGGCUCACUAUAUGUCAUCAAGGGAUUCGCCUGGGACCCCGAGGGCCGACAGGGAGAUCACAAUCUGUACAUCAACCAGACAACAAGACCUCCUACACCAUCUAUUGCCAAUGUCUCCAUGGGGAUAAAUAAUGGUUCGGCCGGUAUCUCAGUGUCCUGGGAAUGGGUUGAGGGGGUAUAUGGAUCCAUCUGGUACCAUGUGAUGAGCGACCAGAACCUCACCUGUAACUCCACAUCCAGCUCCUGCACCCUGUUUCCAGUGGGCUGCGGAGAGGUACACACUAUCCGGGUCAGUGCCUCCAACGAGGCCGGGCCCAGCCUACCAUCCGGCCCUUUGGUGUUUAUCACCUUCCCCUGUACCCCAGAGUCUCUGGCUGUUGUGGAGUCGACAGAAGGAAACUGCACGCUGACCUGGGACACGGUGAAUCAGGUCGACAGCUAUACAGCCUUCAUCAAGAGAGGAGACGGCGCAGAGGAGAGCUGCAAGACCACCAGCAACAGCUGCACCUACAAUUGCACAUGUGGCCACACAUACCUGAUGUCUGUGUUAGCGUUCAACCAGGCUGGCAGCAGUCCUGAAGGACAGGUUAUCAACUCUACCACCUUGCCCUGUUGUCCAGAGGGUGUAUCCGUCUCCGCCGUGAGCACUGACACUUUUGAGAUCAUGUGGACGCCUUCACGGGGGGCAGAAGUGUACCAGACUCGGGCUGCAGACAGUUCAGAGGUCAUCCUUUGUAAUGAUACAGCUCCAGUGUGCGCCCUCUCUGACCUCAGCUGCGACAGUUCCUACAGCGUGGUGGUGACACCCUGCAACGACAUCAGCGGAUGCAACCGGGCAUGCAAGGCUCACACACAAAUCACAGCUCCAUGCAUGCCAAUGAAUCUGAUGUUGACUCAGAAGAACUCAACCUGCUUCAGUGUCAGCUGGACUGCAAACAACAGGCAAGCUAAUUACACCGUGACAGCAUCGGGAGAUGACGGCACACACACCUGCAACACGGAAGGAAACAGCUGCGACAUCACUGAACUUCCUUGCGGCUCUAACUUCGAGGUCAGCGUCAUAGCAGCCAGUCCAGCAGGCUGGGGUUUACCCAGCUACUCUGAAUUUUUGGAAACAGGACCGUGCUGCCCGCUAAAUCUGACAGUGGAUCAGGAGACGCAGGCAAUGAGCAAUGUGUCAUGGUCAACCGCCAAAGGGGCACAUACAUUCAUCACUUCUCUAACAUCAGCGCGUGGUCAUGCCCGCUGCCACACCAUGGACUCCCACUGCCUCAUGGGAUGCAUCACCUGUGGGACCAACUACACCGUCACCAUGGAGGCGAUCAGCCAAAGUGGCCGCCUUUCAAACUGUUCCUAUGAGGGCUUCUCGUCAAGUGCCUGCUGUCCGUCAGGCGUCAGGCUCUACGGGAUGGCCGACAGCUCUCUGCGGGUGUACUGGCGCGGCUCUGGUAGCAGCCACAGCUACAUCACAGAGGUGGUGGGCAACAGGAACAACUACACCUGCACCUCCUCCCCCGGGGAGAGCAGCUGUGACGUUCCAAACAUCCAGUGUGGGGAUGUCUACACUGUAGUGGUGGCUCCACUCACACCAGAGGGCAGCAAAGUACUCUUCUGCACCCAGAGAAUCUACUCAGUCUCUUGCGCAGGAAGCAACAUUGGUACAGUGAUAUACAGAGGGAAGAGAAGCGUGGACUAG